UUAUUGAAUGAGCAUCGAAUAGUUGAUCUCUCUCUUCCUCAGUCCUCACAUUAGAAAAUAGAAACCCUAAAACCCCAACAAUACCUCCACUGCGCGUCUCUCUCCCUUAUACUCCAUUUCCUUAAACGUUAAUUGAUCUGCGCCGCAUCUCAUCUUCAUCCACUCUCCCUCAAAAUCGCAUCUAAUCCUCUCUCUCUCUCUCUAUCUCUAUCUCUAUUUGGCGCUCCAUCAUCAAGCCAUCUCAUCUUCAUCACGCCAUUGUUGAAGGCUAAAGCACUUGAUUUUUUUUGGAUCCACCACUAUCUUUAUCAAUUGCUCCUGAUAUGGCAAGAUGGAGAAAGGAAAAAAGAAUUUGAAUACGUUUUUAAUAUAUCUUUAAGGAAAGAGAAUGUAUAGCCUAACCAAGAAUCAACCUAUGGCGGACGCAGAUGCUUCUUGUUCGUCUUUGCAGCAACGUCGCAUCGAAUUUCAUCUAGCUAGAAAGCCAAUUUCAUCGUUGCCAAACAAUUCUACAAAUUCUAGUUUCAAGCUCGAAACUUUGAAUCCUUCCUCUUCCACGAAUUCUAAUCGACACUCUUCUAAUCCUCCUCCUCCUUUUCCGAAAAAGUCUGAUUCUUCUGAGUUUCUUGAUGCCGCUUUUGAUCUUGAUUUAGGGUUUCAAAUCCCGUUUCGCAGAAUCGGUGCUGGUUUAGAAAAUCUUGGGAAUACAUGCUUUCUUAAUUCUGUGCUUCAGUGCCUCACUUAUACCGAACCGUUAGUUGCAUAUUUGCAAAGUGGGAAGCAUCAAAAUAAUUGUCAUAUUGCUGGUUUUUGCGCGUUGUGUGCCAUGCAGAAACACGUUAAUCGUGCCCUACAAUCUACAGGAAGAAUAUUAGCACCGAAGGAUCUUGUUUCAAACCUGAGAUGCAUAUCUCGGACCUUUCGAAAUGCAAGACAAGAGGAUGCCCAUGAGUACAUGAUACAUCUGCUGGAGUCAAUGCACAAAUGUUGCUUGCCAUCAGGUGUGCCUGCCGAGUCACCUGGAGCUUAUGAUAGAAGUUUGGUCCACAAGAUAUUUGGGGGCAGCUUACGCAGCCAGGUGAAAUGCUUGCAGUGCUCUCAUUGUUCCAACACUUUUGAUCCAUUUUUGGAUUUGAGCCUUGAAAUAACAAAAGCAGAUUCUGUGACCAAGGCCCUCAUGAACUUCACCGCUCCUGAGCAAUUGGAUGGUGGAGAGAGAAUGUACAGGUGUGAAAGAUGCAAGCAGAAAGUUAGGGCUCUUAAACAGCUCACAGUUUAUAAAGCACCUUAUGUUCUGACUGUCCAUCUUAAACGCUUUCGCCACUUUGCUGGGGAGAAGAUUCAGAAAAAAGUCCAGUUUGGUUCUGCUUUGAAUCUCAAGCCUUUCGUCAGUGGAGCCUAUGAGGGUGAUUUGACCUAUACACUCUACGGAGUGCUGGUUCAUGCUGGGGGGAGCACACAUUCUGGUCAUUAUUAUUGCUAUGUACGCACAUCGAGUGGAUUAUGGUACUCACUUGAUGACAAUAGGGUUUAUCAAGUAAGUGAGAAGACUGUCAUGGAGCAAAAAGCAUAUAUGUUGUUUUAUGUUCGUGAUAGGAAGAACUUUGGCCCUAAGAAAUCCGUGAGUGUUCAUAAAGAAAAUUUGAUCACAACUAUGCAAAAGUCUUCAAGUUCCAGUUCCAUUCCUGCUGUAAAGAGCUCUGAAAUUGGUGAUGUUGACAAGAAUUUGAAAAGAGCUGCUUCAUCUAGUUUGGUUGGGAAGCAUUCUGAAGGCCAUAAUGCUUCUAAUGUAUUGGUUCAACAGAACUCAUCCAACCUUGUUGCAUCUAACAACAUUGCAUUGAAGAAAGAAUUCAACCAGAAUUCUAAUCACGUUAUCUCAUCAGAAUCCAAUUCAUUAAAGAAAGAAAAUUCCCUCCUUGCUAAUACUGAUUUGAAUGAGGCUGUUCCCUCGAAUAAGUGCAGUAAUGGCGCUCACUCUGGAAAAAUUUCUGAAGUCAGAUCUGCUGCCAGCUGUAAUAAAAACAAGGAGAAAGAGUUGGUGUCAAUUUGGAAGCCACCCAUUUCUGACUGCCUAUCGGCUGAUACUGAUUGUCAUUUGGUCAUUCCUACUGUUGCCCUGCAGACCACGUCCAACAAUAAAAGUGAUGUUAAACUAAAGACAGUUGUCCCCUUAGACUCUGCAACUCAACUAACUAUGGUUGGGAACAGCAUAACCAAGGAUGAAGUGUUGGAGCCUACAUCAGAUGCCCAUCCAAUAAUGUGCAAACCAGAAAUGAAGAGGCCGAGUAUGAGUGGUACCUCUACUAUAAAAUCUCCUGAAAACUCUCCUCACCCAAAAUUGGCGACGCAGAUGUUGCAGUUUAGCAUUCCAGUUUCACGUCUUAGCACUAAGAUUCUGUACGGGGCUUCUGUCAGUAUGAGUAUGAGGAAAAAAUUCAAAAGGAUGAAGAGGAGAUCUAAAACUGUUCUGCAAAAUCAUGCCGACAUGGGACCUUCAACUUCUAACUCUGAUUCUAUGUUUAAUUUUAAACAUUCCCGCAAGAAUGGUCACAAUUCACGUGUCAGAGGAGACAAGGUGCCUUCGAAGUUGGCUGAUUUAAAUGAUGAGCUUAAACACAGAUCUACAUCCAGCCAGACUGUGUUGGCAAGUUUUACGAUGUCCAAGGAAACUAAUGCUCUAUCAUUGGGUGAAAAUUGCAAGGAUGCUAAAGACUUUUUUUCAAAAGAAUCAAAUCCUGAACUUGACAAUGGAGUAUCUGAAGCUUCUACAACGGGACUGAUGGAGUCUAUUGUUGGACAAUGGGAAGGCACUGCGUCAGCUUUUAGAGAGCAGGAAAUGAAUGAUCCGAAUCCGAUUAGCAUUGGCCAUGUGCUUGAUGAAUGGGAUGAGGAAUAUGACCGUGGUAAAAGAAAAAAGAUAAGGGGAUGUAAGUAUAGUUUUGGGGGACCAAAUGUUUUCCAAGAUGUUGCCACGAAAAAGGCAAAAUUGAAGAGGAAGAAGUAACACAACCCUAUAGAUUUCUUUGCCGAAUGGCACUAGAACUUAUUACUUACAUCAGAGGAUUUGUCAUAUUAAUAUUCCCACAAGUAAUCUUGGUGUUGCGCAGAUUACGUCACUUUGAUCCUUAUUAUUGAGUUUCUGGUCCAUAGCGUACCUGAAAUUGGGAUGAGACAGAUUUGUGUUCUUGUUUUGUCCCUGCCCGAUGCCCGUACAGAUGAUGCAGAUUGUCUACAAAAUUUUUGAAGAGAAGAUGAAUUUCUAGGUUUUUUGCUAUUCAAUAGUGAGUCAGUUUGUUGGCAUUUAGAGUAUUAUAUUGUAUUUGUACAACUAAAGAUAUUUAUCAUGGUUACUUAUUAGUAGCUUAUAAUAAAUUUUCAUUUUCAAUUUCAUUCUUUUUUUUGUAGAUUUUAUUGGGUUAGUGACCUAAAAAUAGUAGAUUUUGUUCCUUUUAAACUCCACAUUAUUGAUUUAUAGAUUUUUAAUUGUUUGAUUUUCUAUUAUAAUUGGAUUGUGUUCAUUUAUCAUGGCUA